AGCCCACAUCGGCUCACUGUAGCCGACCGGCCUUUCUGUUAGUGAACCUCUUUCCCGGUUCACCGGGCUGUGCCCGCGUGACCGGCGGGCGUUUCACGAGCCAUUCAGCCCUGGAGUUGUCAGGGUGUUUCACGAGCCAGUAACCUUAUUGGCAUAGACUAGCAUGCUCCUCCGAUGGCUGCCAGCCGCCGCACUGCUAGCUGUGCCGCUCGAGGCGGCAUUGCUGAACCAAAUUGAUCCCCUCCCGCCGCAGACAUCGCCCUUGACCUUUGCGCAAUCACUCAAGGAGGCGCAGGACACGUUUGCCGCCGCGGACAAGUUCUUCGCGGCGGCGCGCUUGGAGCACGCUCGAGACCGUGAAUCGGUCGAGCGCAUGGAGCGCGCCGUGGCUCAGCACCAGGCGGAGAUUCCAGGCAUGGAGUUCGCAGGGAUGCAGGACCCACUCCCUUUGCCGCAGAUACCGCAGCGGACAUUGCCCUCGGCGUUCGCGCAGUCGCGCAAGGUGUCGGAGGCGGAGAUUCCCGGCAUGGAGUUCGCGGGGAUGCAGGACCCACUCCCUUUGCCGCAGAUGCCGCAGCGGACAUUGCCCUCGGCGUUCGCGCAGUCGCGGAAGGUGUUGGAGGAGCAGCAGGAGAUUCCGCGCCCAGAGUUGGCAGGGAUGCAGGACCCACUCCCUCUGCGGCAGACGCCACAGCGAAGAUUGCCCUCGGCGUUCAUGCAGUCGCGCAAAGUGUCGGAGGAGAUUCCGCGCACAGAGUUGGCAGGGAUGCAGGACCCACUUCCUCUGCGGCAGACGCCACAGCGAAGAUUGCCCUCGGCGUUCACGCAGUCACGCAAAGUGUCGGAGGAGAUUCCGCGCACAGAGUUGGCAGGGAUGCAGGACCCACUCCCUUUGCGGCAGACGCAGCAGCGGACAUCGCCCUUGGCAUUCGCACAAUCGCGCAAGGCAGCGGAGGACGCAUGGGCCGCUGCGGACAAGCUCUUCGCGGCAGCGCGCUUGGAGAACACCAGAGACUCCGUGGAGCGUGUGGAGCACGCCGUGGCCAGGGCUCGGCGGCACCAGGUGCGGGUGGCGGGUCAGGCAGAGAUUCCCGGCGCAGAGUUCGCAGGGAUGCAGGCUGACAUGCACCCCUGCAAGAUGGAUUGCAGCAAUCAGGGCCUUUGCCUUGCAGGGAAGUGCAUGUGCCGUGACGGCUUCUAUGGCGACCUUUGUCACUUGGGCGUCGACUGGGCGUCGACUCACAUGGGCGUCGACUCGACUGGGCUUUGGGAGAAUCACAGCCAACAGCUGCAGAACAUCGCCACCGCAUGCGUUGCCAACGCGGGCACACAGGCAGACCGUGCGGACUGCCGAGCACAGGUGAGCAUCCACGAUGCCUCAAUGAUUGCAGUGGGCACGGGCAAUGCCUCACAGGCGGACCAGACCGAGACUGAGCGGCGAUUUCGGCGAGGAAGACUUUUCUGCGCUUGGGGUAUCGGUAUGCACAGGAAGAACGCAAGAAAGAAACGGGUAAUCAUUCCUCCUCGAAGACUUGACCUUGGGAAGAUUCAUUGGAUAAACCAUGAUGGCUUCAAUAGGCGGCCGACUUGCUUGUUUUGCACCAGCAACUUUCAGACUGAGCACUUGUUUGACCUUCGCCCUGUAGUCAUCAAGUGCAUUGAAUAG